AUUGAGAUUUACCCAUUAAGAUAGAGGGCCCAUUAGAUACUUAUGAAAACCCUAAUUUAAAAUGAUCUUUUCCGGAACCAGCCGCAAAGCAUUUUCACCCCCACGAUUCGAACCGCUGCAGUACCUCCGAUUUAGACCACAUCAAUACUUCCUCCAAGUUUUGUGAUACCAAUUAUUGUGAAUAUUCACUACAGAUAAGUAACUCAUUCUUCAUUUUAAUUAUUUUCGUCUAUCAAUCAAACCUGCAAAAACAAAAAUGUCUUCUUACAUUUUCCGACUGAUCGCUUCUGCAGUGAUCAUUCUCAUGAUACACAUUAGUAGCGACAAAGUAACUGCACAACCCUCAUUUGCAGCCCAGUACCAAUGUCUAGGAGAUAAUUACACAAAUCCCAGCCAAUUUCAGGUGAAUCUAGACAAAGUUCUCUCUUCUCUGUCUUCCGACAUCACGGCAAGUGAUCGAAAGUUUUUCAACAGCAGCACUGGCAAUAACCUGGAUAAAGUAUAUGGUAUCUUACUCUGUAGAGGAGAUAUUACACAAAAAACCUGCAGGAUUUGUGCGGAAACUGCAAUUUCAGAGUUGACAGAACGUUGUCCAAACACGAAAGAGUACAUUACAUUUUACACUUACUGCAUGCUAAGAUACUCAGACAGAAAUAUAUUUUCUGUUAUGGAGGAAAAGCCAGAGAUCACUUUGCAAAACCGAGAGAGUUACACCAACCAGAAGGUAUUUAACGAUAUUGCAGCACAGUUAAUGAAAGGUCUAGCAAGAAUUGCUACUACAAAUGAAAACCACAAUGAGACUUUACUUUUUGCCACUGGAGAAAUAGAUUAUUCUUCAGUAGAUAAAAUUUAUGGCUUGGUUCAAUGUACUACGGAUAUAUCUACAAGCGACUGCAAUGAUUGCCUAAUGAGUGCAAUUGGUAAUAUCAGUGAUUGUUGUUACGGGAGGAAAGGUGGGAUAGUUCUUAAACCUAGUUGUAAUAUAAGGUAUGAGCCGUAUCCUUUCUCUGACUACAAACAAGAAACUAAUCCAGGUCCCCUUCCUUCAAGUCCUCCUCCAAAACAAAAUGUGACUGCAACAACAGGAGAUACUGAAAAAGACAAUAAGUCCUCCAGCAAUAUAGUUCUUAUUGUGGCCAUUCCUUUAGCUAUUGCUCUCGUACUCAUCUCCACAGCAUUAGUAUACUUCUAUUUGAAGAAGAAGAAGAAGGCCUACAACUCGAUUGAUGAACCUGAUGAUAUGGAUGACAUUACAAGGAUAGAGUCAUUGCGGUUUGACUUAGACACAAUAAAAGCUGCUACUGGAAAUUUCUCUAAUGAUAAUAAGCUUGGGAAAGGAGGAUUUGGUUAUGUUUACAAGGGUACGUUAUCAAAUGGACAAGAAAUAGCCGUAAAGCGGCUAUCUAUCAACUCUGAACAGGGUAAAAAAGAAUUUAGGACUGAGGUUGGUUUAUUGGUCAAGCUUCAACACAGGAAUCUUGUUAGACUCCUUGGUUUCUGCUUGGAGGGAGAAGAAAAGCUGCUUAUCUAUGAGUUUGUGCCCAACGGAAGCCUCGACCAAAUUAUUUUUGACCCCUCGAAAGCAGCAAAUUUGAAUUGGGAAACACGUUAUAAAAUUAUUGGAGGGAUCGCUAAAGGCCUACUCUAUCUUCAUGAAGAUUCUCGGUUAAGAAUUAUUCAUAGAGAUCUCAAAGCUGCCAAUGUGUUGUUAGAUGAAGAGAACAACGCCAAAAUUGCAGAUUUUGGUAUGGCAAAGCUGUUUGACUUGGACCUAACUCAAGGAAACAGCAGUAGCGCUGUGGGAACAUUCGGAUACAUUGCACCAGAAUAUGUAUUGCAUGGGCAGUUCUCGACAAAAUCAGAUGUAUAUAGUUUUGGUAUCUUACUACUCGAGAUAAUAACCGGCAGGAGGAUCAAUCAGUUCUACGAAUCAGAGAGCUCCGAGUACCUUCUAACCUAUGUAUGGAGACAUUGGGAAGAAGGAACAGCUUUAGAGUUGAUGGACCAAACAUUAAGAGAGAAGUAUUCAGAAAAUGAAGUUAAGAAGUGCAUACAGGUGGGGUUGUUAUCCGUUCAAGAUGUAAUUGAGAGACCCACCAUGGCGAAGGUUGCUCAAAUGCUCGCGAAUGAUGCUACCAUCCCCCAAUCGUUACCACGACCUGCAGUUUUUAGUCAUAGCCGCAUACAAUUAAACAGGUUUCCAGAGAGUGACACAUCAACAAAUGCAAGUAAAUCAGAAAGUUCUUGGCAGUUUACUUAUCAAAGCAGCAUAUCAAACCAAUCUUCAUGACAUCUCAUUUACUGGUCCAUAGAAAUUCUGCUGCAGAUUUGAUAUUCUAAACACUCCUAUACAGUUCUAGUGGGGUGCUAUUACUGUUUCCCAUAAUUAGAUUCUUAUGUAAACAAAGACCUUCACAAGAAACAGUAAUGAAAUAAGUCCUUCAGGUAAUAACUGUCUCUCUCUGCCCCAUAAUUAGAUGCAAACUGAAUACCAUUACAGAAACGCCAACGGGGUUUAAAAGUAAUACAGUGGAUGGUAACUACUAACUACAAAAGCAAAUGCAUACAGUUACCUGAUAAC